UUCAAAUUCUACCUGUCUAAAAUAUGUCUAAAUACUCGAAUCAGACAAUCUUUAAAGAGAACCAGAAGUGAAAAUUUUCAUUUUUUUUAAGAAAUAAAGCUGAAACUUUUCAGUAUAAAGUUAAAAUUAUUAACAUUAUAUUCCUCACUCUCUUACAUUUUAAUGAUCUCUGAGGAUAUAUGCAUGAAUAGAGAUGCCAGAACUAUCAUAAUAGAGUAAGAAUUCAUAUCUUGAGAACAAACAGAGCUUAAUAAUUUAGUCUUCGAAAUAAGGGUGAAAAGUUUGGCACCGAUAAGUAAAAUAUUAAAAGUCAAAGAAUCCCAUUAUUUAGUAAUAACAUUUGCUAAAGGCUUAUACAGAUUUCAGCAAUGCUAAUAAAUACAUAAGUUUCUUUAAACCCUGGUUGAAGAAAGAUGCUACGCUUGAGGAAUAAGACUAUGGUUAUACUAAAUAUAGGGUUACUGAAUACUAUGAUGAGGAUAAUGCUCAAUUGAUUGAAAUCAAACAUUGUAUUGACAACAAGAAAUUAUGAAAGUGAGAGGUUUAAUGAUAGAGGCUACAACUACUUAAAGAAAAAAUAUGGAAGCAGUCUGAUCUCUGCAUGGAGUAUGACUAUGGCGAGAGGGAAAGAUAAACCUCCUCUUGAGACCGAUAAUUAUUAAAAGAGAUAAGUGCUCUUUCUAUUAGCUAAGUUAGUUGAUUUCAGUUACUUUGAGUAAAAUUUUAUAUAGUUUGAAUAAGAAUAAUUUCGAAGAAAAUAUAAGAUAAAAGUAAAAGCUACUUUGUAGCGGUAUACCCAAAGCACAUCUAUGCUGCUCAACAAGUGAUGGGUUGCAUUCUUUGAUCAAAUCUUAAACAUGAUUUAAGUUUAACAUUUUAUAGAGAGCGCUAUAUGAAAGAAGAUAUCAACUAAUUCACUCUAAUAAGUUAAUGUAUUAAGAAUUCUUUGUGAAUGCCAGAAUCUUGUCAUUCCUCUUUAAUCAGCCAAAUUUCAGAACAAUUUUCAUCCUUUCCGUCUACACAGUGAAGAGAAUGAGCAUGAUGCUCUUGCUUACUCAGUGUAAAUAUUAUGGAGCAUUUCUCAUGAAAUCUUAUGACUAAUUUUCUCACAAAGAAUUGACAAACUUCUUCAUGAGGAAGACUAAGAAAUAUAUGCACAAAAAAAAUGACCAAGCGAUAUAGUGUCCCAUCCUUUCUAAACAUUUGAAACCCUAAGAUUUUAAGAUAUUCCAAGCAUGUCAGAGGAACUUGUCUCGAAAUGUCAAAGAAUCCAGGCUCUCAAAGGACCCUGUGAUUUGAGAUUAAGAAGUUUACCAUAUUGACUCGAUGAAAUUAUUACACCCAAGAGCAAACAAAGUAAGCUGGCCAUGGUUCAAGAGUUUAAAAUUUACCAACUCUAGUAAGACAAUGUAAUUCCAAUUGAGAAAAAGAACUCAAAUUUCAAGGAGAGAUGGAGAAAGAAUUCUAAGAAACAUAAAAAGAUUGAUAAUUAUCCGUCUUCAGAAGAUUUUAUUCUCAAGUCUGGUACGAAACGAAGAAAAUUAAAUAAGUGGAAGAAAUUAGUUAUGAUUACUAAAAAUUACAAGAAAAACUAGUGAAGCUUAAAAUAAGAUAGAUUUUGAUAAGAAUUCGCUCCAAAAUUUAUCUAAAACUCUUACUAAGAUUUUGGUUAAGUAUAAUCAACCAAAAGCAUAACUCCGGAAAACAUAGUUUUCACUGCAGUAGGAAUGCGGUUUAUCAGUGAACUAUGCGCUUGUAUCUGAAAUGUAUUUAUCAGGUAUGUGGAAAUAAAAUUAUUAGAUAUUAAUCAUAAGAAAGUUUGUAGCAUACUUUUAAACUCACUGAGUCCUAUGCUCUUUAACCGAUGACAAAGUUCAUAAGAGAGAUUAAAUCUAAGGCCAACAGCUUUGGUCAUAACCAUAAUAUAAAAUCCAUCUGUAAGAUGAGGCAGAUAGGGAAACUUUGGUGAAGUAUCCUAAAGUAAAGCCAGCCAGUGAGAGAUGGUAACAUAAAAC